AUGAUGUUUUUACAUUACAAUCACUUCUAUUUGACCUAUCGAGACUCCUGUGAUGGUGAAUUUCCAAUCGUUGAAGGAACCUUCCUGAUCGGUGGAACGAGCUCAAAUGGGGAAAAAAUCGAUUACUGGAGUGGUGGAACAGCUGUCGAUUAUAAUCACUUCUGUGAUCACAACGCUGUUUUGGCGAAAUCCUCGAUGAGAUCAAUGCCGGAUAAUUGCGAUUUUGGUUGUGGAGAUGGCCAAUGGAUGACCGCUAGCCGGGUGAUAUUUGUCAAUUCUUUGAUUGGCUAUGUUUUCAAUGGAACUCUUAUUUACUUGAUUCGACAAAAUCCAAAAUCGCAAUUGGGCAAUUACAGAUAUCUUUUACUUCUAUUGGCGAUUUUCAAUCUUUUGUAUGCAACCGAUCAUUUGUUUGUCAUUCCGGUUGAAUACACGCACGACUUUGCUCUAAUCCUUUACUCAUCAUCGUUUCUAAGUGGAUACAAGUUCAUGAUCCUCUUCUGUGGCUGGUCAAUGCACAAGAAGUUGAACUCGACUGAAAUUGUCAGCGAUCGACGCUAUCGUCUUCAACGACAACUUUUUCAGUGCUUGAUCAUUCAGUUCAUCGUUCCAAUCAUUCUCGAAUACAUUCCCUGCACAGCAAUGUUUCUUGUGCCAAUGAUGGGAAUGGAUAUAGACUUGGAAUAUUCAACAAUAGCUAUCAGUCUUUAUGCCGUUUUUGAGCCGGUUGUGGUGAUCUAUUUUGUGAGGGAAUACCGACUAGCUCUUCUUGGCCUUUUCCGGAGAACACAAACUUCUUCAUAUGCCUAUAGUGGCUCUAAUAGUCAGGUUCAUCUUUCAGCAUUUGAAGGCUUUGCUUUU